AUGGCCAGCCCACCGCCUAUCCCGGAGGACCAAACCCGCCUCCUUGAGGAGGCAUUGGGGGUGGUGAGGCAACAGUCGGCUAUGAUGCGCAAAUGCUUGGAGACCCCCGGGAAGCUCAUGGAUGCGCUCAAGUGCGGAUCAACUCUAGUAUCCGAAUUACGAACUCCUAGCCUAGGUCCGAAGCAAUAUUAUGAAUUGUACAUGGCCGUUUUCGAUGCGCUGCGACACCUGUCCGUCUACCUCAAGGAGAACCAUCCCGUCAACCACUUGGCGGACCUUUACGAGCUUGUACAGUAUGCCGGCAAUAUUGUUCCUCGCUUAUACCUGAUGAUCACUGUCGGUACCGUAUACAUGUCGGUGGAGGAUGCGCCGGUCAAGGAAAUCAUGAAGGAUAUGAUGGAGAUGAGCCGUGGAAUUCAACAUCCCAUUCGUGGUUUGUUCUUGCGAUACUAUUUGUCUGGCCAGGCGCGCGACUACCUGCCUUCUGGAACCGGUGAUGGACCGGAAGGAAACCUGCAGGACUCGAUCAACUUCGUCUUGACCAAUUUCGUGGAGAUGAAUAAGCUCUGGGUGCGACUUCAGCACCAGGGUCCCUCCCGAGAGCGAGAGCGGCGGAUACAAGAGAGGCGGGAGCUUGAGCUACUAGUGGGUAGCAACGUUGUUCGUCUGAGCCAGCUGGUGGAUCUCGAAGCAUAUCAGUCUGGUAUCCUGCAGGCACUUCUGGAACAGGUGGUGCAGUGUCGCGAUGUUCUAGCGCAGGAGUAUCUCCUAGAGGUAAUCACCAAGGUCUUCCCAGAUGAAUUCCACCUCCAUACACUUGACCUCCUUUUGUCCGCUAUCGCCAGACUCAACCCCUACGUCGAUCUUAAGAAAAUUGUCAUUGGGUUAAUGGAUCGUCUUUCGACAUACGCGGCGAAAGAAGGAGAGACGGAAUCGACAGAGGCCGAGCCAGAGGCUCGGAAACAGAGCGAGGAGCAAGCGGUCACUCGUUUAUUGGAGAAGCUCGAACUUGACAAGGAGACGAAAAAGCAAGAAUUGUCCGAGGUUGCCAAGGGGAAAGCACCCCAAGAAAACGGGACCGAAGAGCCAAGCAAGACUGAAGAGCCCGCGAAAGAGUCGGAAACCGUCAGCGAGGAAGAUGCGAAGCCUAGUCUUCCUGCAGAGGUCAAGCUCUACGACAUCUUCUAUGAUCAGGUUGUCAACUUGAUAAAGACCCGCGCAUUGCCCAUUCAGGAUACCAUGGCUCUCCUGGUCUCGCUUGUCAAUCUCGCAUUGAACAUUUACCCCGAUCGGUUGGAGUAUGUCGAUCAGGUCUUGGACUUCGCGGCUCAAAAGACUGCUGAGUACACUGACCACGCCGAUCUACACUCAGCCCCCACGCAACAACACAUUCUCCACCUACUUAACGCCCCCAUCCGUUCUUAUGUCUCGAUCUUUACCGCUCUGGCAUUGCCACAUUACCUGCCGCUCCUGACCUCGCAGUCAUAUCCCACUCGGAGAUCCAUUGCUGGCGAGAUUAUUCGGAGUCUCCUCAAAAAUAAGAUUGUCAUUUCGAGCCCGGAAAACCUCGACCGGGUGUUACAAGCUGCAAGAGUUCUGAUCAAGGAAGGCAUUCAACAGUCUACUGGGUAUCCAGGAGCGCAAUCACAGCGCCGUGGAGGAGAGACGGAUGAGACGGUUGAGGAGCAAGGGUGGCUUGCAAGAUUGGUGCACUUGAUUCAAGGCCCAGAUAAUGAUACUCAGCUCAAGCUCCUUCAAGCCACGCGCAAGGCCUUUGCUGAUGGAAACGAGCGCAUCCGAUACACUACCCCUGCCAUUGUGACAGCUUCGAUUCGCCUCGCUCGUAAACUGAAGUCCCGCGAACACUACGAUGACAACUGGCAAUCGCAAUCUUCCGCUCUCUACCGCUUCCUGCACCAAUGUGUAAACAACCUGUAUCAGCGGGUGAAUCCUGGUUGCGUUGACUUGGCGCUACGGCUGUUUGUGAUGUGUGGUGAGGUCGCAGAUCAAACGGGAUUCGAAGAAGUCAGCUAUGAGUUCUUCGCGCAAGCAUUUACUAUCUACGAGGACUCGAUUAGCGACUCACGUGCACAGUUCCAGGCAGUCUGCAUCAUCUCUGGUGCUCUGCAUGGUACCCGUGGCUUCUCCAAGGAGAACUACGACACAUUGAUUACUAAGGCCGCACUUCACGGCAGCAAGCUUCUCAAGAAGCCAGAUCAAUGCCGUGCAGUCUACCUUGCAAGUCACCUCUGGUGGGUGGUGGAGAACCCGCAGCGUGGUGAGGAAGAUCCAAAAAAUCUUUACCGCGACGGGAAACGAGUCCUGGAGUGUCUUCAGCGUGCUCUUCGUGUUGCCGAUGCUUGCAUGGACACGGCAGUCUCCGUCGAGCUUUUCGUGGAGAUCCUCAAUCGCUAUGUCUACUACUUUGACCAGCAAAAUGAGACCGUCACCACCAAGUAUCUCAAUGGGCUUAUUGAGCUCAUUCACUCAAACCUUUCAAACACCGAGGAUGAACCUAACCCGAACCUCGAUGGUCCAAAGCGCCAUUUCGAACGUACGCUCGAGUACAUCCGGACUCGAGACUAUGAAGGUGUCGUUACAGAGAAGCAGUAG